AUGAAUGUCCCAACUACCACAAAAUAUCAUAACGAACCGAUCGCCAUCAUUGGCUUGGCUUUCGAAUUUCCUCAAGGGGCCACUUCAGAACAAAGCUUUUGGGAUAUGAUUGUGGAGGGACGUUCAGCAAGUACCGAAUUCCCGUCUGAUCGACUAAACAUCGAUGCUUUCUACCAUCCAGACGAGAAUCGACCCAGUACUAUACCCCUUCGAGGAGGUCAUUUCAUCGAAGAAGAUUUAGGGGCCUUUGACGCGCCAUUUUUCUCAAUUACUCCGGAUGAAGCUGGAUGCAUGGAUCCUCAACAUCCACGGCUUCUUGAGACGACAUAUCAUGCCCUUGAAGACUCGGGGGUUCCCAUCAGCAAAUGUUCUGGUUCGAACACUUCCGUCUACACCGGGUGCUUCACGAAUGACUACCUCAGUCUUCUACAACAAGACUACGAUGCCGAGCAGAGACAUGCAGCCAUGGGGAUAGCACCUUCCAUGUUGGCAAAUCGUCUCAGUUGGUUUUUCAACUUGAAAGGAACGUCAAUGAACCUAGAUUCUGCGUGCUCCAGUAGUCUGAUCGCAUUGCAUCUUGCCUGUAAUGAUCUUCGCACAAAUGGCUCAGAGAUGGCUAUUGUGGGAGGAGCAAAUCUUGUUUAUCACCCAAACUUUAUGAAAAUAAUGUCUGAUUUCAAUUUCUUGUCGGAAGAUAGUCGCUGUUGGAGCUUCGACGAAAAAGCCAAUGGCUACGCGCGAGGUGAGGGAAUCGCGGUUAUUGUGCUUAAGAGACUCAGUUGUGCUAUACGAGAUGGUGAUACUCCAAGUCAAGAGGCACAAAUUGAUCUCAUCAGACAGACGUAUCGCCAUGGAGAUAUCGAUAUAGAGCCUACGCGAUUCUUCGAGGCACAUGCAACCGGUACGCCGGUAGGAGAUCCGGUAGAAGGUAAUGCCAUCGGACAAGCCUUUCGAGUGUGCCGUGGAAAAGUCGACCUGCUGUAUAUUGGCGCUAUAAAAGCCAAUAUUGGUCAUCUGGAAGGCUGUAGUGGUUUAGCUGGAAUUAUCAAAGCAAUUCUGGUGCUCGAGAAAGGUAUCAUCCCACCUAUUGCAGACUUCGAGUUGUUGAAUGGAAAACUUCAAGCGGAAGAACUGCACUUAAACUUACCGACGGAGGUCAUACCCUGGCCAGCCUCAGCUGUCCGACGAGCCUGUGUUAAUUCCUUUGGUUUUGGUAGGACAAAUGCGGUUGCGAUUCUGGACGAUGCGUACAGUUAUUUCAAACAAAAUGAUGUCAUUGGUUUCCACCGAACGACACCUUCAAUACGCGGAAAUGACCAUCACAGCGGCUCGAACGGACAAAGAAGCGUUUCAUAUAUGUCAAGUAGCUAUGGCGGUAACAACGAAAUCUUAGAUCCACUGAAGUUGAUUACCUGGAACCAAUCACCUCAACUAGAAGACUUAGCAUAUACCACUGCUGUCAAAAGAAGCGAAUUCCCGUGGCGAAGCUUCAUGGUAGCCGACAAAACGCUAGAUGUGACUACGUCCGCGCCAGUAAAGGCCUCUACUAUCCGCAGGGGCAUAGCAUUCGUUUUCACGGGACAAGGAGCUCAUUAUCUUUGGUGUCAGUGGUCUCUGUAUGAAGUCACUGCCGUCAACAGCACACUUGAUAUCGACAGACCGGAUUAUAGUCAACCUUUGACUACAUGUCUCCAGUUAGCUAUUGUGGAUUUACUAAAGAGCUUUCAAAUUGUCCCUUCGUUGGUUUUAGGUCAUUCUUCAGGAGAAAUUGGUGCGGCAUAUGCUGCUGGUGCUUUAUCACAACAAUAUGCCGUCAAAAUUGCAUAUCAUCGAGGCCGGCUAUCUUCCCAGCUUGCGGAAAAAGCAGAAGGUCUAACAAUGAUGGCAGUCGGUCUCCCGAAAGAGAGUAUAGUUCCCUAUCUCGAGCAGCUACAAAGUACUUACGGAGAGCUGGAUGUCGCAAUUGGCUGUGUGAACAGCCCCCAGAGUAUUACAUUGACAGGCGCCUUGCAUCAACUGUCAACACUUGAGAACUGGCUGAAAAAGAAGGCGAUUUUUGCCCGUAUUUUGCGUGUUCCCAUGGCAUAUCAUUCUCGCUUCAUGAAGGCGAUAGAAAAAGACUAUAUUGAAUCCAUCGGGGAGAUCAAAGCAAUACCAGGCCCAAAACUUACUUCUAACUCUGGCGAACAAACAACCACACAAGCAGCUGGGCAAAUUGUCUUUCCUGCCUCAGGAAUGAUUGUAAUGGCCAUCGAAGGUGUUAGAGAGCUUCUUGGAGAUUCCAGUUCGCUACUUGGAAUAAGCAUUCAGAACGCGAAUUUUUCUCAUGCCAUCGCUUUCCCACAUAAUGUUGAGAAGAUAGAAACUCAACUUACUUUGUUCCGACCGUCGCAAUCUUCCGAUCUUUCCAUGUGGUCACAAUUUCGCCUUUUCGUUUUGGAGAAUGACUCUUAUAUUGAAUGCUGUAGUGGGUUUAUUCGCGUUGUCUUCGACAGCAAAGAUCGAGAUAUGGUAAUUUCAUCGGCUAUCUGGAAACGUGGCGAGACGACCGAGGAUUGGAUUGCUGCGGUAAAUCGCGUAUGCGAUGGUCCUGAUCGUAACCCAUACGAUGUUCCUGAGGAGAUAGCAGUUCGCUAUGGGCCAGCAUUCAAAAACCUUGAACACUUGCGCAUUGGCAUUGACGGAGAAGCUGUGGCGCAUGUCAACACAGAGAGUUGGAAGCAGAAAUCGACUAAAUGUUUUGCGAAUUCCUAUCUAGUCCAUCCUGCCACACUGGACGGUCUAGCGCAGCCUUUACAGCAAGCAUUAAUGGCCCAAGAUCGAGAAUCAUUACCUACUAUGGUCCCUGUACAUGUCUCUAGCAUCUGGAUCGAUUGCAGCAGCGGAAAUUUAUUGAAUGAGGGGAGACUCAGCAUUGCAGCGAGAUGUUCAUUUAAAGGCUAUCGUGGAGGAUCUGCUGAUGUGCUAGCGACGGCGAUAGGCUCACACAUCCCACUCAUUUUUCUAGACGGACUUCAAACAACCUUCAUCAGCAGCAGCCAGCCUGCUAAGAUUGGCCACACUUUGACCCCCCGCUUUCUUUGUACAAAACUCGUCUGGAAACCUGAUCUUCACACAAUGACAAGUGAGCAGAUAUCUCUCUACUGUGUUCAGUACAGACCGAAGCAAGAAGUCGAUGCCGUCGAAAAAUACCAAUCUCUUGUCGUUGCGAUUUUUUGUUUCAUACUGGAAGCGAUAGUGUUCUUAGACGAGCAUCCCGCAAUCGUGUUAUCAGAGCACUUGAGUGCUUAUACUAAUUGGUUGAGGUACCAACAAGCAGAACUUCAAGGUAACCAGUCAUUGGUUGUACAAGAGUCAGUCCGGCAGUUUCUGGAUGAUAGAGAUGCUCGAGAACGACUAGUUUCUGAGAUCGAGAAUGAGGGAGUUGAUGGCUACUUUUUCAUGCAAAUCGGCAAAAAUCUCAAGAUGAUGCUUUCUGCUGAGGUUGACCCUCUUGCAUUGAUGUUCCAUGAUGGAUUAGCAGACAGAUAUUACGAAAAAAUGCUUGCGAACGACCAUCACGCGUAUCCCGCAUCGCAGUAUAUUGAUCUUUUGUCUUUCAUGAAUCCGUCCAUGAAGAUACUUGAGGUUGGCGCUGGCACCGGCGGCCAAACAUUGCGACUACUGGACGCCAUGAGUAGUGGUGGUGUGAAGAAAUGGUCGACUUAUGAUUACACAGAUAUCUCACCUGGUUUCUUCAGCCAGGCACAACUCAAGUUCUUCAAAUAUGCCGAUCAAAUGCGCUUUAAAGUUUGUGAUAUCUCCAAGAAUCCAAUGCAGCAAUCAUUCGAGGUUGAGACAUAUGAUUUAGUGGUUGCAUCCCAUGUUCUUCACGCGACUGACAACCUUGACCAGUCACUACGCAAUAUAAGAAAAUUACUCAAACCUGAUGGCAGACUGCUUUUGUUUGAAACAACUUUACCAGAAGCUGUACCUAUUGGUUUUGCUUUCGGGCUUUUGAAAGGGUGGUGGAAUCCGUUAAACUACGAACAAAGAUCUUUGUAUAGCCCAUGUUUGACCGUUUCACAAUGGGAUCAAUGGUUGAAGCGGGCUGGCUUCUCGGGAGUCGACGUCGAGAUCCCAGGCCAAGAGGAACUAUCGACUCGAUAUAGCAGUAUUAUAAUUUCGAGGGCGACAGGCUCAGCAGCAAGAGAAACAACCAAGCCAUCCAUGCACAUUAGCAUCAUCGUAAAGAGUGAAGUGGAGGAACAACAAGUCUUGGCAAAGCUCCUAGCAUCGAAAGUCUCCGAGAUCAAAGGAUUGUCAUGUGGAAUAGCCACGUUGCAGGAGCUGAUCGACACAGAAAUGACAGCGACUUCAGUAAUUAUCUUCCUCACAGAAAUAGAUGCCGCCUUUCUUGACGGCACCUUGGAAUUUGAUUACAACGCGUUGCAGUCAGUCUUGAUACAAACAAGACAGACUAUAUGGGCCACUCGGGCACAUUUGCUUGACGCAGUAGAGCCACAACACCACCUUGCUGUUGGCCUAGGCCGUACAUUGAUGUCCGAGGACUCGACCCGCAAAUUCGUGACUGUUUCCUUAGAUCAAAACGACCGGAGAGAGCAGACUGCAAGCCUUAUCUCCGAGCUCUUACAACGCACCAUUGAUUCAUCAGUGGAAAAUAUGGAAAAUAACUAUGUUGUUACCGAUGGGAAGAUUCAUAUUUGCCGAGUCUCUGAGAACGUGGAAAUGGAUAGGACGAUAGCUCAAGCCCUCCUGUCUCUCUCCAUUUGGGGUCACCGGGACAUCUGGAAACACUUGAAUGGAUUGAGAACAAGUGACAAAGAAUGCUUCGACGCAGCGUUCCUCAACAAGAAUGAAGUCCUGAUACAAGUCCGUGCAAUUGGUCUGACAUUCCGUGACCAUUUACUCGCGAGCGGACAGUUAAAUGAAGUAGGGUUUGGUACUGAAUGUGCUGGCGUUCUUGUGGCCACCGGGAGCGAACCAGGUCACAAAGUUGGUGAUCGUGUCUGUGUUCUUGCUACUUCGGCGGCUAGUUCUGUUAUUCGUACCACAAAAUCAGCCAUCGCUAUUGUUCCCGAGCAUAUGAGCUUUGCUGAAGCUGCCUCGAUGCCGACAGCGGUAUGGUUGUCCUACCGAGCGCUCAUUGAAGUUGGAAGGAUCGAAGAAGACGAAAUAAUUUUGAUUCAUCGAGCUUCAAGUUGCAUAGGUCAGAUGACAGUACAAUUUGCAAAAAGAUUGGGCGCAAAGGUCUUGGUUACGGUCUCUUCAAGUUCGAGCCGAAAACUUCUUCGUGAGGAAUAUAUGAUCUCCGAGAAUGAUAUAUUUGAUAUCAAUGAUAGUUCCAUUCUGAACAAAAUUUAUCGCAGGACAAACGGUAAAGGUGCCGAUAUCAUCGUUGGGCCGUUGGAGGAAGGAAGCCAUGGCAUUUCUUUCGAUUUCUCCAGAUGUCUUGCGCCAUUUGGUCGUUUAAUCGAUAAUGGCUUAUCAAAUUCCAUGGAACCUUCACAAAGACCAUCGCUGCUAGGAAAACGAAGGACAUUUGAGAAUAUCUCAAGGGCAUCAGUGAACUUGAUCAACGCGUUAGAGGAGAACUCUCGACUGGUACAUGCAACAUUCCAGCGAGCGAUUAAAACGGCUUUUGAACUGGCUCUGAAGCCCCCUCAACCACUCCUUGUCUUUAAUGUCGAUAAAGUAGAGAGUGCUUUUCGACACUUUCAUGAUCCCGAGGAGAUGGGGAAAAGAAUCAUUGAGAUAAACCCCCUUACAAGUAUAAUGGCCAACGUAAAGAACAGACCGAAGUAUAAAUUUAGCUCAGACGCGUCAUAUAUAAUAGCUGGGGGGUUUGGUGGUCUUGGGAGAAGUUUCGCACGAUGGAUGGUCAGCCGUGGCGCGCGACAUCUGGUUCUACUAUCACGCUCAGGUGCGCAAGGAACCGCCGCAAAAGAUCUCGUCGCAGAGCUUAUCUCGCAGAGAGUAUUUGUCGCUGCACCGGUCGUGGAUAUAAGUAAUUUGAGCAAGCUAAAACAGGUGAUAGAAGCACUCAAAGAUCAUAUUCCCCCAAUCAGAGGUUGUAUACAAGCCACAGUUGCUCUAAAGGACAACCUCUUUCCUAACAUGACAUAUGACGAUUGGAUGAUUGGGACGAGUUCAAAAGCAACCGGCUCAUGGAAUUUGCACGCCACACUUCCUACUGGGCUUGACUUUUUUGUCCUUGUUGCAUCUCUCAACGGUAUUGUAGGCGGGCGUGCGCAGGCCAACUACGCCGCAGGGAAUACUUUUAAGGAUGCGCUAGCCCACCAUAGAAUUUCUCAUGGCGAACAGGCUGUUUCGAUCGAUUUGGGAUUGAUGGUAGCAGAAGGGGUUGUCGCGGAAAAUGAGGCUCUUCUUGCUAGUAUGCGUCGCCUUGGUCACCUUAUGGAUAUUAGCCAGAAUGAAUUGCUUGCCUUGCUCGAGUAUUACUGCGACCCAGCAUUACCUUUACUGACCCAUGAACAAGCUCAAGUUCUCGUUGGUCUCGAAACUCCGGCGGCUGUGUUGGCUAAAGGUAUCGAUUUACAUCAUGCAAUCCACAGGCCGUUGUUCCGCCAACUCUUCCGAAUAGGAUUGCCUCCUGGAGAUAAUCAAUCGGCGGAUACCAGUGCAGAAAAAAGACUCGAAAAGGAUCGUGCAGGUAUUCUCCGGCGCACAAAAUCAGACAAACAAGCCAGCGCCAUGAUCACCGAAUGGUUUGUAGCCAAGAUGGCGCAAGUGCUUGGUCUAGAUGUUGAUGAUGUGGAUGCGGACAAACCGGUGCAUGCGUACGGCAUUGAUUCAUUGGUGGCAAUUGAUCUGAAGAAUUGGUUCGCGCGUGAGACCAAUGCGGAGGUACAAGUUUUCCUACUACUAGGAAAUACAUCUCUAAGACAGGUGGCUUGGGAGGCGGCAACAAUAAGUGGGUAUCGACAUCCAGAAUCCAAAUAA